AUGACGAUGAUGAAGGCCCCAAUGAGGAGGACGAUGGCCCCAAUGAUGAUGACAAAGGCCCCAAUGACGAUAGUCCCAAUGAGGGGGAUGAAGGCCCCUGGUGACGAUGAUGAAGAAUGGAGCAGGCCCCCAGCGAGGCCGGGGACCCCCGAGGAGGAUGAGGAUGAGGCCAAGGAAGAUGAAGGCCCCAACGAUGGGGACGGUCCCAAGGAGGACGAAGACUUCAGGGAGGAGGAAGACUCGAAUGAGGAUGGAGGCCCCAAGGAUGGAGAAGAUCCCAAGGAUGAAGACCCCGAUGAUGACAAAGACUCCAAGGAUGAAGAAACCAACGAUGAAGACCCCCAUGAUGAAGACCCCAAUGAUGAAGACCCCAAUGAUGAUGAAGACCACAAUGACAAAGACUCCAACAAUGAAGACCCCAAUGACAAAGACCCAAUGAUGAAGACUCCAAUGAUGAUGAAGAGCCCAGUGAUGAAGACCCCAAUGUUGAAGACCCCAAUGAUGAUGUAG